AUGUCACGGAGCAGCCAUUGUGACCUAGGGGGCCAGGACCGGGUCAGGCCAGGCCAGGCUCAGACCGUGGGUCAGUGCGACCUGAGUCGGCAGAGGAGAGUGUGGAAGACAAAGCCCAGCGCUGACUGGGCAGGGACUCCGAGCGCUCACUGUCGACGCGUGCCAUGUCCAAAAGGAAGCAGAAGACCUCCAACCCGGAGGUUGAAGUUUUUUGCUGACGGCCUUUACGAACACACUGCCGGACAGAGGGCGGUUCUGCAGAUCCCCCUUGAUGCCAUCAGAUGCGCAAUCGAGGAGGCAGAGCAGAAGCACUGCUUCGUUUGUGGAGACAAGGGGGCCUCCAUCUACUGCGCAGAGACAGGCUGUGAACGCAGCUUUCAUCUGCCCUGUGCCACGGAUGGGGAAUGUGUCACGCAGUUCUUUGGGCAGCACAGGUCCUUCUGCUGUGAGCACCGCCCUCAGCAGGCCGUGGAGGCAGCUCCAGAGCAAGACACAAACUGCGUCAUCUGCCUGGAGCCCGUGGGGGACAAAAAGUCCUACCACACCAUGGUGUGCCCGGUGUGCACACAGGCCUGGUUUCACCGGAGCUGCAUCCAGGUAGGAGCCCUCCGCCCUUGCUCUGCAGUCACAGCAGGUGCUCAGCUGCACCAGGCCCCGCUCACACUCUGGCUGCUUGUGUUACCGCUGCAGGGACAGGGCAUGAGCGCUGGCAUUCUGCGCUUCCGAUGUCCCGUCUGCAAAGACAGGAUGCAAUUCCGGAAAGAAAUGCAUCUCCUCGGGAUCCAAAUCCCAGCCAGAAGACCAACAUGGGAGGACAAGGAGAGCUAUGAAACUCUGCACAAGAAACACCAGCGCUGUGAUGUUGGCGAGUGCCUUCACACAGAAGGCAGGGAGCAAGCAGAGAAACACGGGCCCUGGGAGCUGCUCCUGUGCACCUCGUGUGCUGCGCAAGGCACCCACCGGCUCUGCUCUAAUUUGAGCAACAGCCUGAGCAGCUGGGAGUGUGACAGCUGUGCUGGCGUGGGCACAGAAGACGUUCCAGUGUUCUGCAGCGAGGGCAGAACCAAGAUCGAAGCCGUUCCCCAUGGGAUCGUCGGCCUUCCAAUUCCCAAAGACAGUCGGGAGGAAGCCUCAGCCCCCGUUCCAGGCAGCAGCGGCCAUCUCAGGCACGAUGCCCCUCCCGGGACCAGCCCUGAAGAUCCUGCAGGAGCAGCCAUGGACCAGAGGGAAAAAAAAGAAGCGUUAAUGGCUUACGAGCUGGUGUGGCACGGCCCCGUGACUAUAGAGGCAACGGACUCGUGGGCCCCAGGAGAAGCAUACGGAGAUUGCAGACGGGUCUACAAAAACUGCAAAGCAGCGGCAACCAUCUGA